CGCAGCCUCAUCACCACCACACCUCUGUUAGACACUGACGUCACCUCCUAGCUAGACUGGCAGUUGGAUGCUUCGGGCUGAGAGAUAUUGUUGACAUUUUGUUUGGAUCGCUUUUGUCUGGAUUUUUGGACAUUACACCGACAGUAUCCGCAGAUUUAGAAGCUCGCUUUUCGACUCUACCAUCACGUCUCAGCGCGGGGAUCCAGCAAAGAUGAAAUGGAUGUUUAAAGAGGAUCAUUCCCUCGAGCACCGAUGUAUGGAGUCAGCCAAAAUACGCAACAAAUAUCCUGACAGAGUACCGGUGAUAGUGGAGAAGGUUUCUGGCUCUCAGAUAGUGGACAUUGAUAAGAGGAAGUACCUGGUGCCCUCUGACAUCACAGUGGCCCAGUUCAUGUGGAUCAUCAGGAAACGCAUCCAGCUUCCUUCAGAGAAAGCCAUCUUCCUCUUUGUUGACAAAACUGUCCCCCAAUCCAGUCUGACUAUGGGCCAACUCUAUGACAAGGAGAAGGACGAGGAUGGCUUUCUGUACGUGGCCUACAGCGGAGAAAAUACCUUUGGUUACAAGGCCUGUUAUGCAACACGUGGAUAAUACUUAGCUGAAUACCAGUCUCUCUCUCCCACACACAAACACAUACACUGACACAAUAGUGCCCGACAUAUGCUGGAGCACAAUGUUUCAGAUAUUGACCUUUACAUGUGUUACACAAGUAAUGCACCCACACACUUGGCACAGUCAUUUAUGGAUAACUUUUGAUACUAAAAAUACACAUUUAUGGUGAAAAUUAAUUACACCAAAAUGCUACAAUAAACAAACUUGUUCAGAUUUUUUUGACAGGCUCAGAUGAUUGUUAGUGUCAAGAAAUGUUUGAAUUUAAUGGUUGGUCUUUUUGUCAUGAUUACUGUUUAAAGGUCAGUUGUGGAGAGAAAUAUCUUUAACACUGCCAUAAAAUAAGAAUAAGAAUUACCACACAUUAUAGGCACGUCAGUUAUCAUUAGUUCAGUAUCAACACCAGAAUUAGACUUAAAAAAACAACAACUAAUUUUCAAUAUUCACACAUAUGCUUUAGUUUUUUUCAGUCCAGUUUUGUUGUCAAAGAUAUUUGACAUCAGCUGAAGUGAGAGAGAAACCCUCUAUUCAUGUGAAUCAGAAUCAUCAAUCAAAUUAUGAAUGUAUUUUUAUGGCGCUUAAUAUCAUGUAUAAAAAAUUUAGUAUGUAAUUUAAUUCUACAGGUACACUCGCCACUCCAGUAGACAAUGAGAACAACUAUAAGCAUGUGGAAGAAGGCAGCUCAAGCUAUUGAGGUGGUGAAUGAGGAUGGAUGACUGUUAGCUGGUCAGGAGGAAGCCAGUGUACAGUGUGUCCCGCUCAUGGCCAGGGACAAGCACCAGUCCCUGGGAUGUUACUGUGGCUUUCCAGUCUGGCUGUUAAAUAUGUGCAAAUUAUUUAGGCAGAAAAGAUGUCAGCAUCCCCAGGAUGCAGACUCAUGAAGCCAACAGCAAAUCAUGAACCUCAGUGAACUUCUAAAGAACUCCCAACACUUUCCUUGAAGUUUAUUGUGUUGAACUCUGAUCUUUUUACGUUGUCUUCACUAGGUAACAAUCUGAAAAUACAACCAUGUAAAAGCAAAGGACUUAGUCAGUUCCUUUUAUAAUAUCAAUCUGUCCAGGAGGUACUCACUGAUGAAGUGUUACACUUUCUCACUCAACCUGCAUCAUCCACGUCUACAUCAGUUAGUCGUCUCCUAUGUUCCUCAGAGAUCCUCUCAGCAAUCUCUGUGAAGUUGUCUAGUUUUUUGUCCUUUUUCAGUGUAGACGUGUUGACUUGUUAAACACAGGUGUAACUAAUGAUAUCAAUAAUGGCUGUAUUCCAUUUCUAGGUUACACGGUGUGGUGGAAUGGAGUGAUUGUUAAUGUUUUUAAUUACAUCUGUACGUUCCCUGCUAUGACAAGUCAAAAUGACUGCUUUCAAAACUUUGUUGAAGCUGCCUUUUGUAGAUCUUAAUUCUGACCUGACUGCUGAUGUUUUAGAAGAGGUUAGUGGAUGUUAAAGGGAAAAACUCUGAAGUCCUCCUCAGCUCUCUGGAGAUUUUAGGCCUGUUUCAGCUCAUUGUUUUGGUUUGCUGGACCACAAUUGCAUUUCAAUCGCAUUAAACUUGUUUCCAGACAUGGCAGGCAGCGGUUAUCAGUCAAAAGCUCUAAUUAACCAACUGUACAUUGCCUUCCCAGCACCAAACAGCAGACAGACAAGACAGUUGGUGACUAGCUGGUGAACACAGUGGAGCAUUUAUCUGAUAAAGAUUCAGAUAUUUUUAUCAGUAGUAGGUGAAGACAGAGCUAUAUCUAAAGUGAAUAUUGAACUUACAUUCAGCAGGUGGACAACAACUUCAAAUGAAUUCUAAAAUUACUCCAUUUCAAAAAAUGUUAUAAGUUGUUUAAUAAUAUAUCAGUGCUCUGUUUUCAGCUUUAUACACUUGACAAACAGCAUUUUUGUAUGAUACCUUUCAACUUUGAAACUAUUUUGUUGUUGAGUAGUUUUCUAUUUCCCAUUAAUUUGGUCAAAUACAAAUGACAGGUACUGAUAUUGGCUUUAGAAGAUAAUUUGAUCUAAGUUAUAAGUUAUGCUGUGUUUUGUGUAAACCUUGGGCCACACCAUAAUUAUCAUGAACCGGGUGGCUAACAAGCUUUCGAGGGUAUGGUUUAAAAGGCAUUCUGGAAAAUGUAAGAAAUGGCAUCCGCCAGCAGAAGUAGAGGAUGCAGGUCAUACAAAAAUUCAAUACAUAGCGCUGGAAGAUAAUCUAAGAAGGGAUUUCUUCUUUAAGACUUGCCACUCACCAAAACAACUAUUUACACUCCACUGAGAAUACAAACAUGGAGACAGCUGCAUUGCCUCACCUCUUGUUCAACGUUUGUCCAGCUUAUGGAACUGAUCCAAGUUCAAAUUCAGUUUGCCUCUAGGGCAACUGCUAAAACACUGUGUGCCAUCAGCACAUUACAAACAGGUACAUGAUAAUAACAUCAGAAGAAUUAUUAUGAACCACUGAAUUGUUAUCCCUCUUCACUCAAAUGACUCUGAAGCUGACAUUUUGGCUGCAGCUGUAGUUUUUGGUGCUGAAUCAGAAGAAGACAUUUGGUGUCUUUCCACACUUUACUUGACCCAUCAAAGUAUUCAUAUUUGUGCACCACAAAGCUGAUUGAGGCUUUUGAACAUGGAAUGUAGAUGUGUAAUAUAUUGAUGGAAUGCAAUCAUAUUGAGGAUUAUUUUAUUCCACCAGUGUUGUAUGAUUGUUGUAUCUUAAAGACAUAACGGAAUUUUAGAUAUUGGAGAAAGGUAAGGAAGCUGGAAGACCUGACCAAUAAAAGUGAAUGUAAAAUGAA